AUGACCAUGGAAGAAACACAACGAACCAAGAAAUUUUCUAAACAAGAACAGAUUGAAGACUAUGAAAAACUUCGUCAGCGAAUUAAGAAUCAUUUUAACGAUGCUAUGAAAGGUAAUGGUUUAGCCAUUCUGGUUGGAUAUAUUGAUGAAAUUUCUGAAUUAUAUACUCGAGUUCAAACUCAAAAGGUCAAGGAUACAAAGAUUCAUUUAGAAGAUUCUGAAGUUUUUAAAGAAGUUUCUGAUUUUGCAGCAUUGAGUAUCAGAAAUCAUAAUUUUGGUGAUCUGGGGGUAUCGCUUGAUGAAAGAGGAUUCUUGAAAUGUUUGAAAAGAUAUGCCGUCACUGAUGAAAGUCUCCUAACUAAUGAUGAUGUUGAUUUGGAUAACUAUCAAGCUGAUGAUGACGAAGAUGAUGAAGAUUCAGUUAAUGAUGAACACAAUUUUAAUAAAACCAAUUGGUUAAAACUUGGGAUACUUUAUCAUCAAGUUAGUAAGAAACCAAUCCUGGUUGAUUUCUUAAAUGGCCCUUUGAAAGCAGAAAAGAGAAAGAUUGUAAGAACUCGAAACAUUGAUGAUACUAAAGGUAAAUCAUCAUCCACGACAGCAAGACAAGUCCAAGCAAGUGACAUAUCAGGAAACGAAGAACAAAACACAGCUAAUAUGGUUAAAAUGGUGUAUCGUACAUAUAUUGAAAAGGAUGAUGGAGAAGGAGUGAAUUUAUUCAAAUUUUUCAUAAAUCCAUUUUCAUUUGGACAAAGUGUGGAGAAUUUAUUUUACACAAGUUUUCUUAUUAAAGAUGGUAGAUUGAAAUUAUAUACCGAUGAACAUGGAAUUCCUUGUAUUGAAAGAGUUACCGGUCAAGAAAUUAGAGAAGCUCGAGAAGAGGAUCACAAAAUGACAACUACCCAUAAUAUUGCAACAUUCAAUUAUGGAGCAUGGAGAAAAUACAUCGAAUUGUAUGAUAUACGAGACGCGUUUUUGGGACACCGUAAUGAACCAGAGGAUCAAAUGCCCCCUGAAGAUACUAUUGAGGAUGAUGAAAAUGAAGUGAUUCCAAAUAGUUUGAAAAGAAAGAGAACAGAAGAUUCCGAUGCUGAAUCUGUUACUGAAUCCAUCACAGACAUUGAAUUCGAAUGA